AUGCAAACCGACACCCUAACCGACAAGAUCCUCGCCACCCUGAAGGAACGAGACCUUCUAGCGAAGCGGGAGGUGAUCGAAUCGGCUCUAACGGAUCCGGCGACCGAAGAAUGGGGGUCAAAACACCUAAACCCAAGCACUCUGCUCUCGCGGGAGGAGCUCGUCUUAUAUAACAAGCUCGAACAUUCCGGUGCCCUCCAACCAAUCCUCCGCGACCCCGAACUCGGUACGACACGACCCUUUCUGGAGGACGAAAUUCGGUCCGCGAUAGAAUCCCUCGAGGCGUCGACAGCUACUAUUCAGAAACAAACAGAGACUCUGUCUUUCCAGUGUGAGACGCUCAAAAAGCAAUUGCGUCAACAGGUGAACUGGGAACAAGAUCGAAGUCGGGAUAUUGCACGUCUGCGGAAGAAGCAUGAAGCUAGAAGGCAAAGCACGAUUAUUGCAGCCAACGACCUUUCGGACGAGCUCGAGGCUAGCUUUAGGAGUGCGACGGAGAAGACGAGUACGAAGAACAAGCAAAUUCUCUCUUUACUUUCUAGCCAACUAAAGCAAGAUGACAAAGUUCUCGCGGAUAUCGAGACGCUUAUAACCGGGAUUAAAUCGAACGGCAACGAUGCAGAGACGGUUGAACGAGCUAGUCAGCUCAGCGUCAUGCUAGCAGACUACAACGCAGAAGAGAUUCACUACCGUCUUGACCGAUUAUACCUCGAAACUAUCCACCAUGAAUCCAUCCAGUCUAGGCCGUCAAAAUCAAGUCAAAUCGGCACAGAAAGUGAAACUGUAGCGGCCUUAGAAGAAGAGCUCGAGUCUCUAUACCCCGAGAUCGAAAUCCUGGCAGAAAUGUCUACGAAACAACAAUUCCACGAGCCUAUCCUACGCGAGAUCCAUAACCAACACAACCAGCUCCACGCUACAUCUAAGGAAAAGCUAGAACGGGCCCUCGACGUCCUCAUCGACAUGACCGAAUCCAAAAAGACCCUCACCCAAAACCUCAACAACCAAGAAUCCUCCCACGAACUCCUCGAACAACUAGCAACCCUCUACCAAACCGAAGUAGGCACUACCCAACAAAUUACCCAGCCACCCUCACGUCGCGAAUCCCUCCGACGACGCUCCAUACAAACAAACCUCCUCCUCACCACCCCACCCAAUCCCACCACGCUACCCGAACAACCCGCGCUAGAAAGCCUCCUCCGACGCAUCGGUGUAUCCGCCGAAUCAGUGAUUCGCCCACGAGCCGAGGACGGCGGGGCCCAGGGUCUACACGAAAAGAGGAUCCAAUUAUCUGAGACUCUACGCGCACUGGGGAUGGCGGUUGAUACGCCGCUGGUUAGGGAGUUAGCUCCGGCGGAUAGGGCGCUGUAUCUUCUUGAGUCGGCGUUAAAUGUGAACUCGGAUUAUGAGGUUUCUUUACGGGAUACUGAGUUGGAGAGGGGGUUGAAUGGGUUGGAGGGGGAGCUUGAAGAGUUGCAGAGGGGUGUAAAGGGGCUUGAUUUGGAUGUUUUGCAUCAGCGGGAUAAGAUGCGGGAUCGGUUUGUUGAGCGAUGGGGGUAG